UUUUUGUAGAGAGCAAUACUGUAGACAAACAAACAAAACACAAACACAUUUCGUGAUUAAAAUACAACAAUCAUACAAAACAAUCGGUUGUUUUAACAUUUUUUUACAAAAACCGACSGACAAUUUGGUGGCCAAUCAAACACACACACGCUGUAUAGCUAACCCCCCCCCCCGGCUAACUGUUCUCAACGCUAUCACCAUAUUACACACACACACAUACAACAAUGGCCAGACAUCAUCCGGAUCUGGUAUUUUGCCGCAAACAACCCGGUGUGGCCAUUGGCCGACUGUGCGAAAAGGACGACGGCAAGUGUGUUAUCUGUGACUCGUAUGUCCGGCCAUCGACUUUGGUCCGCAUUUGCGACGAAUGUAAUUACGGUUCAUAUCAGGGCCGGUGUGUCAUCUGCGGCGGCCCCGGUGUUAGCGAUGCCUACUAUUGUAAAGAGUGUACACUACAGGAAAAGGAUAGGGAUGGCUGUCCCAAGAUUGUCAACUUGGGCUCAUCCAAGACGGACCUGUUCUACGAACGCAAGAAGUAUGGAUUCAAGAAGCGAUAAAUCAUUACUGGUAUUACUGGUUAUAGCACUGUUAGCUGCUAUCACAGACAUAUGGACAGUCCCUAACAUAAAAUGUUAUGAUAAGCGCCUAAUAAUUGAUAUUAACUAUUAGACUGUCUUUUAUUUUUUUUUUGUCAUUUAUAUAUAUAUCAUAUAAUUUUUUGUGUCAAUUAUUAUUAUUUAUAUAUUAAUUUUUUUUUUAAUUUUA